AUGUGUAGUUCGCGCUAUUACAGACGAGUUAAUCUGCCAUCACAGUAUUUGUUUGAUCGCGCCAAAUUCCUCUGUAAUUGGUCAAGUGAACGUUCGACACUCGGUUGGAACCUCGCUUCAGUAAGGAGGAUACUCGGUUUGUUUCGAUAACUUUUUUUAUUAUAUUAAUAGUUCAUUCUGAUUAGCUUGAGACAUAUUUGAUUUCUAGACAUCCCUGUGAUUUGUGUCCAGCGGUGAUUCAGAUAUCUUAAUUCAGAAGCGGGGGGAAAUUCGUAUGUGAGCUUUUAAAGAACCUUGUUUGGUUUUCGCUCAUUUUGAGCUACCCAACUGAUUAUUUUUCACACGUAUGGAGGUUAUCGCAUUUUCCGAACAUUUGUCCAAUUGAGAAUCGAAAUUGUCAAAAUUUUCGAUAUAAAAAAAUUGGGAAAUCGAUAUUGGUUUUUUUCCGCCAUUUCUCAGCAAACGGCUUGAUGUUCUAAACAUUUUCAGGCUUCAUGGGGGCCAAAGAAGCUUGGUUGUGCUCUGCGGUAGUCUUCGUUUUGUUCGCCAUUUCAGACGCAAGAGUUUUCGAUACUCGUUACAAAAGGCAAACAGGUUUUCUCAUUUGAUGAGAGUGGAAGUUUGAAAAUGAUGCAGUCGUGAGCACAAAUGCACACACCAAUGGACAGGCGGACAAUGUCGAAACGGAUGCUGUGGCCAACCAUUUCAAGGUUAAUCUUUAAUAUUUCUCAGUUUCUUCGAUGACGGAGAAAGAGAUCAUCUACCCUCGCUAUAUUGCAAAAAGUUUCAGAGCAACCAAAAAAGCCUAAAAAAGGUGCCUACAAAAAUUGACUAAAACUUUAUCAAAAAGCAAAAACGAAGCUUUUUCAAAUUUUGAAUUAGAAGACCACAAAAAAUUGAUCGAAUUUCAUCUUUUUCGAAAUAUGCCAAUAUGAAAAUUUCCUAAUGAAAGAGGACCAAGUUUUUCCUAAAUCUAUAUAAAUGGAAUUUACAGGAUACCCAAGGAGUUAUUGGCAUGAACGUUUCUUCCACAGGCAAUGCUACCGGAGCCGGAAGCUCGAGCAUCAGUAACGUAGCCUCUGGACAAGUUGGAGACCUGAGUUCGUUGAAACUUUUCUAAAUCUUAAUCAGAGAUUUUCUAAGCCCUGGACACGACUGGCGACGUGUCUUCGACUGGACAACAUGCCGAGUCAUACUCCGAUAUUUUUGCUGCCGUUGCUGGUGAAAACAAAACUGUCGCCUCGUUUCAACAGGUAAAACUUGAAAGAAAAAGUUGAAAUAGCUGUAGGAAAAUGAUCCAUAAAACAUUCUUUUCGACUUUUUCAAAUUUUAACCUACUUUUCAUUGAAGUCGAAAAAAAAAGGAAGCUAAUAUUCAUGUUUUUAUCCGUAGAGCAUAAAAUGCUUCAAAGUAAACUGUUAUAUAAUUAUUUUUUUCGCUUAAACUUCGAGUUUUUUUUUUAAAAGAAAGCAACAUUUUCUUCAAGAUUUUGAGAAAAUCAUUAAAAAAAGUAAUAAACGAUAUUAAACCUCUUGUGGUCAUAUCUCAUUACUAACUGAUACAAAACUUUUUUAUAAUGCUUUGAAAAUGGGAUCGACUGCAGUUCUCACAGUAAGGAGCAAUUAGGUUAGACUGAUGCUCAAAACGUUAAAAUGUCUGAAAAUUCUGUUCAAUGAAAAAUAAGUUAAGGGUAAAGCCAGCGGUGUCGGAGACACACAAGCGCAAUUGGUCGCAGGAGCAACAAUGAACAAUAAUGGAAUGAGCAGUCCAAACAGUGAAGUUCCCAUCAUUUCAACUUCAUCUUAUCAACCGAUAAUCAGACGGUGACAACAACAAAGCUGUGGCUGGAGCUACAGGUUCUCAACAGUCUCAGUCAGAAGUUCUCUCGAGUCAGGUAGGAUACAUGUACCUUGGAUUGAUGUCACUUUACUCGAAAAAGGAGCAUAGCACUUGCUGAUGUACAGCUUUGUGCAAGAUUUCUGAGCGACCCAGCUCUGAUUCUGCUCUAAUUAGGGCCGAUUCUUGGAUUUUUGUGAUAGUUCAAGUGAAUUGACCUCUUUUUCUAGAGCGUUAAAUUUGUCUAAUUCAAUAUAGACUUUGACUUGGGACACUCUUAUGGCCCAACUCGUUGGAUCAGCUGUCGCCGAAGGUAUUGGAAAUGCCCAAGCAAAUGUUCAGUUUGAAGCUGGCAACGCAAAUAACGGUAUAGUUACAAUCAAGAUGCCGUUAAAGCAUCAUACUUAAGGCAUCGAAAUGAACGGAUUGAUGUCUGGAACGAAUUCCCAAGAUGGAAACGUCAAUGCGCAGGUGACGCUUCUUAAGAGAAAUUCGAGAUAUUCAAACUUUAGGUCAAUGGAAAUGGAAACCUGAACGGAUCAACUCACGACAUGCUUGGAAACAUGUACGGCGACGUACAUGGCAAGGGAAAUUCUACUCUUGUCGGAGCAUCUAGUCUUUCCAGCAACUCCUCCGAAAAGACUGGUAAUCUUGAGUUCGAUUGGGGUUGCUAAAAAGAUUACCCAGAUAUCCACGCUUUUGGAGACGCAAAGGCUUCAUCGGCUGGUAACAACUCCAUUGACUUCCAAUCUGAGACCAACCUCAACGAAAACGUAGGUUUUGAAAAUAGCAAACUAUUGUGUCAAUUUAAUAAUAAGCUGUACCAAAAAGAAAUAAUCAAAACCGACCUCAAAUUAGAACACCAUAGUCUUAAAAAAUCAAAACAAUGAAAAAAAGCGAUACAAUCUUGUAUGUAGACUAUAUUAUACUCCAUUCACCGAAAAUCAAAACAUCCUCACUUUUCUGCGCCCUACUUUCGUUUAUCGAAAUUUUCAUAGAGAUAUCACACCAAAGAGAAAUGAAUAUAGCCAGCUGUUUCAAGCUUUGGCGAAUGAUUUACAAUUCUAUUUUUUUGAAUAAAUUUCAUGGUAGCUCCGUUUUAACUACACAACAUUAUUCUCUACCACUGCUUAUUAAAACACGUCAAAAUUAGACACAGAAACGUGUAAUAUUUCAAAGAGAACGAUUUCUUGAACCUAUCAUUUUCGAAAUUGCAACCUUGCAGAAAGGAUCAGGAGAAAUGGUUUUGAACGGAACAGCUGAAGGAGCGAACGUGGAUUUGUCAGGGAACAACGGAAUCAAAGUCAAUGACAUCAACGGCAACACCAGUCUGUAGACUUGCAGCUCAUCGGAAAUAAUUAGCGAAUCUAGCGGCGCUUGGCUCGAGCUCAGUUCAUGGAACCGGCACGGAAGACGCUUCCAACGGAUCUCUCGUCGUUGACACUUCCUAUGGAAGCGAUGGAAAUACUCAGUAAGUUGGCAAACAAUUCGAACAUGGUUUUUUGCAGAAAUGAAAGAAAAUAUAAGUAAUGAGUUCUUCGCCGGAGUUUUCAUUUAUCAGGAAAUAAUCCAAUCUCAAAGGGGUUGUGAAACAUUUCUUUGUGAAAAUGAUUUUCGUUCAUAAUUCUCCGAAACGUUUUUGAAAUGCUUCAAUUUUUUUUUCUCUUUUUUUUCAGCGACCAGUUCAUCACUGCUUAUUAACAGCAAAGAUUAUAAAUUAGCCAAAAAAUCUAUAAAGCUUAGUUUCUUGCAAAAACUUCACCACAGUUCAUACAUUGCUGGCCAGAAAAAAUUUUGGAUUAGGUUUCGACCUGUUUUUUUUUCAGAGUUAUUUCCAAAGGAGAAGGAAACUCAAUUUCUACCGGCGGAAAAAACUCGAGUCUUGUGAUCGGGGCUGAAGCAGAUGUUGCUAGUUCGAAUGGCCUCAGCAAUAGUGAGUUUUGGAACUUUUCAAAGCAUCUAACAAUUUCCAGUUGGAAACUCGAAGUUAAACGGAAGUUUAGUAAAACAUAUAAAAUUGUUCUAGGUCGCGUGCUCCAUCUCCGAAAAAUAAAAAGUUAAUCCCUAAUUAAUUCGACCCUGUUAUGAGUAAAGCCUAUUCGAAGCGACCAUCGUUUUUCAAAGUUAAAGUGGCUUCUUUCCAGACGGGAAAGCGAACGCAACUGGGGUCGCCAGUGGUCAGUACAACAACAUCACUGGAAACUCUUUUGUGAACGUGGAUGGGACAAUGUCCAAUGGAAACUCGAUGAUGCAGGCGAUCGGAGGCGGAGAAGGGCCUUCUGCCGCGGAAAGUAACGUCCAGGUGCUCCUAAAUGAAGGCGGCCAGUUAAGAAGUAAUCUAAAAUUUUGACUUUCUAUCAGUAUAAUCACAUUUUCAGACGGAACUGUGAAUGGAAAGGUUCAAGCAAGUGGUGACAAGACUUUUGUUCAGUCUAUUUCCAUCGUCAGUGAUUACGCUGGUGAGAUUUUUUGACGAUUUCGAUGUCCCUGGCUUCACCGCAAGUUCAGGAAAACAUUUAUUAGUGGGGAAAACGUAUGUUAAUUACGUUUAUAUUUCAUGAUAACAGAAAAUGGAGUAUAUUAUAUCUUGAUUUUGUAUAUAAAUAAAUUUCAACUAUUCAGGGCAACAAACUUUGUCCAAUUACCAACACGCGACUUCGAACUCACAAGGAUCUUCAUCAGCAUCAGCGUCCAACGUCGGGAUCCUCAAACGAAAGAAACGUUCUAACCUUUCACUUUGA